CGGCACCUGAGCGACUGCGGCGGCGGCGGCGGCCACUCGGAGCGGGCGGCCCGAGCCGUAGUGCCGGCGCCGCCGCGUCUUCCCGGUCUCCUUCCUUCCCUGGCCGCGCAGGGGGGUUUCUACUAGUCUCGAGGAGCCGACGUCACCAUAAACGGUUUUAUAGGAUCACAUUAACAAAAGCACCAUGGAGUUUUAUGAGUCAACAUAUUUUAUUGUUCUUAUUCCUUCAGUAGUUAUUACAGUAAUUUUCCUCUUCUUCUGGCUUUUCAUGAAAGAAACAUUAUAUGAUGAAGUUCUUGCAAAACAGAAAAGAGAGCAAAAGCUUAUUCCUACCAAAACAGAUAAAAAGAAGGCAGAAAAGAAAAAGAAUAAAAAGAGAGAUAUCCAAAAUGGGAGCCUCCAUGAGUCCGAUUCUGAGAGUGUACCCCGGGACUUUAAAUUAUCUGAUGCCUUGGCUGUAGAAGAUGAGCAAGUUAUACCUGUUCUACUGAAUGUGGUUGAAAGUUCAAGUAGUGUUAGAGAAAGAAAGAAGAAGGAAAAGAAACACAAGCCUGUACUAGAAGAGCAGGUCACCAAAGAAAGUGAUGUAUCAAAGAUUCCAUGCAAGAAAGUAGAACCUGUCCCUGUUACUAAACAGCCCACCCCACCCUUGGAAGCAGCGGCCUCAAAGAAAAAACCAGGGCAGAAGAAGUCUAAAAAUGGAAGCGAUGAUCAGGAUAAAAAGGUGGAACCUCUUAUGGCACCUUCAAAAAAGCAAGAAUCAUUACCGCUGCAUCAAGAGACUAAACAAGAAAGUGGAUCAGGAAAGAAGAAAGUUUCAUCAAAGAAGCAAAAGACUGAAAAUGUCUUGGUAGAUGAACCCCUUAUUCAUGCAACAACUUAUAUUCCUUUGAUGGAUAAUGCUGAUUCAAAUCCUGUGGUGGAUAAGAGAGAGGUUAUUGACCUGAUUAAACCUGACCAAGUAGAAGGAAUUCAGAAAACAGGGGCUAAAAAACUGAAGAUUGAAACUGACAAAGAGAAUGCUGAAGUAAAAUUUAAAGAUUUUCUUCUGUCCUUGAAGACUAUGAUGUUUUCUGAAGAUGAGGCCCUUUGUGUUGUAGACCUGCUAAAGGAAAAGUCUGGUGUGAUACAGGAUGCUUUAAAGAAGUCAAAUAAAGGAGAGUUGACUGCACUUGUACAUCAGCUUCAAGAAAAAGACAAGUUACUUGCUGCUCUGAAGGAAGAUGCUGCUGCUAUGAAGGAUCGGUGUAAGCAGUUAACCCAGGAAAUGGUGGCAGAGAAAGAAAGAAGUAGUGUGGUUAUAGCAAGGAUGAAAGAUCGGAUUGGAACAUUGGAAAAGGAACAUAAUGUGUUUCAAAACAAAAUGCAUGUCAGUUAUCAAGAGACUCAACAGAUGCAAUUGAAGUUUCAGCAAGUUCGUGAGCAGAUGGAGGCAGAGAUAGCUCACUUGAAGCAGGAAAAUGGCAUACUGAGAGAUGCUGUCAGCAACACUACAAACCAACUAGAAAGCAAGCAGUCUGCUGAACUGAAUAAACUGCGCCAGGAUUAUGCUAGGUUGGUGAAUGAGCUGACUGAGAAAACAGGAAAGCUACAACAAGAGGAAGUCCAAAAGAAGAGUGCUGAGCAAGCAGUUACUCAGUUGAAGGUUCAACUGCAAGAGGCUGAGAGAAGGUGGGAAGAAGUCCAGAGCUAUAUCAGGAAGAGAACAGCAGAGCAUGAAGCAGCUCAGCAAGAUUUACAGAGUAAAUUUGUGGCCAAAGAAAAUGAAGUACAGAGUCUGCAUAGUAAGCUCACAGAUACCUUGGUAUCAAAACAACAGUUGGAGCAAAGACUAAUGCAGUUAAUGGAAUCGGAGCAAAAAAGGGUGAACAAAGAAGAAUCUCUACAAAUGCAAGUUCAGGAUAUUUUGGAGCAGAAUGAGGCUUUGAAAGCUCAAAUUCAACAAUUCCAUUCCCAGAUAGCAGCCCAGACUUCCGCUUCAGCUCUAGCAGAAGAAUUACAUAAAGUGAUUGCAGAAAAAGAUAAGCAGAUAAAACAGACUGAAGAUUCUUUAGCAAGUGAACAUGAUCAUUUAGCAAGUAAAGAGGAGGAACUUAAGGAUAUACAGAAUAUGAAUUUUUUAUUAAAAGCUGAAGUGCAGAAAUUACAGGCCCUGGCAAAUGAACAGGCUGCUGCUGCACAUGAACUGGAGAAGAUGCAAAAAAGUAUUCAUGUUAAGGAUGAUAAAAUAAGAUUGCUUGAAGAGCAGCUACAAUGUGAAAUUUCAAACAAAAUGGAAGAAUUUAAGAUUCUAAAUGACCAAAACAAAGCAUUACAAUUAGAAGUUCAGAAGCUACAGACUCUUGUUUCUGAACAGCCUAGUAAAGAUGUUUUGGAACAAAUGGAAAGAUGCAUUCAAGAAAAAGAUGAGAAGUUGAAGACUGUAGAAGAAUUACUUGAAACUGGACUUAUUCAGGUGGCCACUAAAGAGGAAGAACUAAAUGCAAUAAGAACAGAAAAUUCAUCUCUGACAAAAGAAGUUCAAGACUUAAAGGCCAAGCAAAACGAUCAGGUUUCCUUUGCAUCUCUAGUUGAAGAACUUAAGAAAGUGAUCCAUGAAAAAGAUGGAAAGAUCAAGUCUGUGGAAGAACUUCUGGAAGCUGAACUUCUCAAAGUUGCUAAUAAAGAGAAAACUAUUCAGGAUUUGAAACAGGAAAUAGAGGCUCUAAAAGAAGAAAUAGGAAAUAUCCAGCUUGAAAAGGCUCAACAGUUAUCUAUCACUUCUCAAGUUCAGGAACUUCAGAACUUAUUAAAAGGAAAGGAGGAGCAGAUGAAUACCAUGAAGACUGUUUUAGAAGAGAAGGAGAAAGACCUAGCCAACAGGGGGAAAUGGUUACAGAAUCUUCAAGAAGAAAACAAAUCUUUAAAAGCUCAUGUUCAGGAGAUAGCACAACAGAACUUGCAAGAGGCAUGUUCUGCAUCACGAUUUAAAGAACUGGAGACUGUGUUGAAAGAAAAAGAAAAUGAAAUGAAGAGAUUAGAGACUAUGCUAAAAGAGAGGGAGAGUGAUUUUUCUAGCAAAACAAAGCUGUUACAGGAAGUGCAAGAUGAAAACAAAUUGUUUAAAUUCCAAAUUGAAGAGCUUAAGCAGCAAAACUACCAACAGGCAUCUUCUUUUCCCCCUCAUGAAGAACUAUUACAAGUAAUUUCAGAAAGAGAGAAAGAAAUAACUGGUCUCCGGAAUGAGUUAGAUUCUUUGAAGGAUGCUGUUGAACACCAGAGGAAGAAGAACAAUGACCUUCGGGAGAAAAACUGGGAAGCAAUGGAAGCAUUGGCAUCAACUGAAAAAAUGCUGCAGGACAAAGUGAACAAGACUUCCAAGGAAAGACAACAACACGUGGAAGCUGUUGAGUUAGAAGCUAAAGAAGUUCUCAAAAAAUUAUUUCCAAAGGUGUCUGUACCUUCUAAUUUGAGUUAUAGUGAAUGGCUGCGUGGAUUUGAAAAGAAGGCAAAAGAAUGUGUGGCUGGAACUUCAGGUUCAGAAGAGGUUAAGAUUUUAGAGCACAAGUUGAAAGAAGCUGAUGAAAUGCACACAUUGUUACAGCUAGAGUGUGAAAAAUACAAAUCUGUCCUUGCAGAAACAGAAGGAAUUUUACAGAAGCUACAGAGAAGUGUGGAGCAGGAAGAGAAUAAAUGGAAGGUUAAGGUCGAUGAAUCACAAAAAACUAUUAAACAGAUGCAGUUGUCAUUCACAUCUUCAGAGCAAGAGCUAGAGCGAUUAAGAAGAGAAAAUAAAGAUGUUGAAAAUCUGAGAAGAGAACGAGAGCAUUUGGAAAUGGAACUAGAGAAGGCAGAAAUGGAACGAUCUACCUAUGUUACAGAAGUCAGAGAGCUGAAAGAUCUGUUGACUGAAUUGCAGAAAAAACUUGAUGAUUCAUAUUCUGAAGCAGUAAGACAGAAUGAAGAGCUAAAUUUGUUAAAGAAACAGUUAAAUGAAACACUUGCAAAACUUAGAACUGAACAAAAUGAAAGACAGAAGGUAGCUGGUGACUUGCAUAAGGCUCAACAGUCACUGGAUCUUAUCCAGUCAAAAAUAGUAAAAGCUGCUGGAGACACUACUGUUAUUGAGAACAGUGAUGUUUCCCCAGAAACGGAGUCUUCUGAGAAGGAGACAAUGUCUGUAAGUCUAAAUCAGACUGUAACACAGUUACAGCAGUUGCUUCAGGCAGUAAACCAACAGCUCACAAAGGAGAAGGAACACUAUCAGGUAUUAGGUAUUUCUGGAGGUCAGUCCCGAGGUACUCAUGAAAAAGUCUCCAUCUGUGGUGUCUACUCUGCCAGGUGCCGAUUCUCUUUGGCUUCCCUAGAACCAAAACCAACAUGGAACUCUGUUGCCAGAAGGAAGAGAGGCUCUUUUACCUUGUGUUACCAUCUGCUAGAAGGAGCCCAGAGUAGAGCUGCUUGAAUUUCCAGGUGUGACAGAGUUUACCAUCAUCUCAGUUGCCUCUCUCACCUUCAGGACCGGCUGGAGGGACAUUCACAGAAUAGCCUCUUCCCCAACCUCCACCCCACUCAUCUUGUGAACGUCUAUACUCCUUUAACAACCACAGGCCAAUCAGUGGUGCUCAACUCCCCUCCCUUAAGACGAGUUCUACAUCCUUCUGAAAGUAGGCUAUUUGCCAGGCAUGAUGAUAUUUUUGACCCUAUCAGGGACAUAUCCUGAGUUCUCCCCAAGAGACUUCCCAUGCACAUCAACUACUGCAAGACCUGUGCUUGUGGCUCCUGACCCCCAGUGGUGGACAUGGAAGCCCUGGCUGAAGAUGUGAUCUCUGUUUUGACUGAAAAGAACUGCCACUGAGACCGUAACGAUCUUCUUGCCUAGUUCUUCAUGGUCUUCUUCCUUCUUCCACCUUUCUCUUGAUCUCUUCUUUCAUUCUAAAUAUUACUGCAAUGUGUUAAAAACUGAAAGGGCCAUGUCAAAAGGAAUCCAAAUUUUCUUGAAGGGGCUCCCCUAACCAGAUUUGGGACAACUUGAACAUCAGAAUUAAUAAUGAUAGUAAUAAUGACAGUGAUGGAUAAUAACACAUUGCAUUAAAAAAAGAAUCUACCCGUCUACAUUUAAUGUCAAUUAAUAAAUAUGGAGGAAUGACUACAAAACCAUUUUUCAACCACUACAGUAGUAAUUAAUUCAGGUAAGAAUUUGUAAUGGAUACUAAAACCAUUGGGUGAAAGGUUGAUGGGGAAGAGGUUACUCACACAAUCUUCAAGUAGCAUCCCCUAGAUUACUUACUAAUUACAAAGGGGAAAAGGUGCUUUAUGAAGGAGAAAUCUGGCAGACACCACCUUAACUAAGUGAUCAAAAUUAAUAUCACUAGUAAUGGAUAAAUUGACAUCAUGGCCUCUGGUGUGACACCUGAGAACACAACACCACCUGUGUGGGAUUCUUGCCAAAAAUAUUGAGCCUGAAUCUAAUCAAGAAGAAAUUUAUCAAACAUAUCCAAAUUUGGGGACAUUCUACGAAACUACUGGCCUGGAUUCUUCAAAAACUCGAUGUCAUAAAAGGUAAAAUGUCUGGAAAUGAUCCCAGAUUAAAGGAGAGUAACAAGACAUUUGAACUAAGUACAAUGUGUGACCCGUGACGGGAUCCUGGAUACGGGGGCAGAUUAGCCUUCAGCUGAGGAACUCUGAUUAUGGAUGGUAAUAGCAUCACAUCA